GCUUCAGCGCUCCAUGGAGUUCUUGACAGCGCUAUGUUUAUUUACACAUCACUGAAAGUGAGCAGUGGAUCAGCAUAAAACAUUUAAGAACUUCUUUUUAAAACCAACGUGAAAGGUAACGAUCACUUUUGGCGACGUAAAACAAUUUGUUUUGCUGCUGUCACACCAUGGUUGACGAUGGAACACGCAAAGCAUUGAGCGGCAUUCCGCUGCUCAAGACGAAAGCAGGCCCGAGAGAUAAGGAACUUUGGGUGCAACGAUUGAAGGAGGAAUAUCAAGCACUAAUUAAGUAUGUGCAAAACAACAAAUCAGCCGAUAUGGAUUGGUUCCGGUUAGAGUCGAACAAGGAAGGCACGAAGUGGUUCGGCAAAUGUUGGUACAUGCACAAUUUACACAAGUACGAGUUUGACGUGGAGUUUGAUAUUCCAAUCACGUAUCCAACAACAUCGCCCGAAAUCGCACUGCCAGAACUUGAUGGAAAGACGGCCAAAAUGUACCGAGGGGGUAAAAUCUGCUUAACCGACCACUUCAAACCACUGUGGGCGAGAAAUGUGCCCAAGUUCGGUAUUGCGCACGCGAUGGCACUAGGGCUAUCACCGUGGUUAGCUGUAGAAGUCCCGGAUCUAAUAGAGAAAGGCAUCAUAUCGUACCAGGAAAAGGGUACAUCGUCUGAUUAGGGAAAGUCACCGACUUUUGCCUACUAACCGUUCCACUGGUAUUUGAAAGCGUGAAGAUUUGUUUAUUUACUCGUUUAUCAUUAUUAAUUGUUGUUUAACAAAAGAGACCAGAAAAAAUGGCCUAUAUUUACCUUCUGUUCUUUAGCGGCGAAGGCAUUCAAAUAUAAAAAGUGUUCCUUCUUGGUACAUGCUGUCAAA